AUGGCGACACUUACUGUCCCUGCACAGGUCCCUGAUGUUAAUGAAGAUUGUGAGCAGCUCCACAAAGCCUUUUCGGGAUGGGGAACAAAUGAAGAUCUAAUUAUAACGAUACUUGCUCAUAGAAAUGCAUCUCAACGCAAGGCAAUUCGAGAAGCGUAUGCUCAAACUAAUGGAGGGGAUCUUCUUAAAACACUUGACAAAGAACUUACUAGUGACUUUGAGAGGUUAAUAUCAAUGUGGACGCUUGAACCUAUGGAACGAGAUGCGGUUUUGGCGAAUGAAGCUACGAAAAAAUGGAGUGCAGCCGAUAGAGUCCUUGUGGAAAUAUCAUGCACAAGAUCCAUGCAUGAGUUACUUAUGGCUAAGCAAUUUUAUCACUCAAAAUUUAAGAAAUCAAUUGAAGAAGAUGUUGCUCAUCAUACAACUGGCGAUUUUCGAAAGUUUGUGUUGCCGCUUGUGAGCUCAUACCGAUAUGAAGGAAAUGAAGUGGAUUCGGGGCUUGCGGAAUCGGAGUCUAAGCUUCUUCAUGAACAUAUUUCAAACAAAGAAUAUGCCCAUGAUGAUAUCAUUAAGCUCCUAGCCACAAGAAGCAAAGCACAAAUUAAGGCAACCUUGAAUCACUAUAAGGAUGACUUUGGACAAGAAUUGGACAAGGACUUGGAAAUCGAUCCCAGUAACGAGUUUUUGGCAAUGCUAAGAGCGACAGUCAAGUGUUUAGUAUGCCCGGAAAAGUAUUUUCAAGAGGUUAUUAGUUUGGCAAUAAACAAGAAAGGGACAGACGAAGGGGCACUAACUAGAAUCGUGGCUACUCGAGCCGAAGUUGAUAUGAAGAUCAUAAUGGAUGAGUAUCAACAACACAAUGACGGACCUCUCGAUCGUGCAAUAGCGAAGGACACUCAUGGCGAUUAUGAGAAGAUGCUUUUGGCUCUCAUUGGACAUGAUGAUGCUUGA